GCACAGGAGUGGCUCUGUGGAAGAAUCGUCAGCCUUUCCAAAUGAUGAAAUCCAAGAGAUUGUCGGCUUUGUCUGUUUUCAGAAACAAGCAGGACCAGAAUGAGGACCCAAGGGAGGAGACAACAGCUGUGAAGAGGUCCAUCAGUGACAUCGGUCCAUCCCUGAUGGCCAUCAACAAGAAAAAAAACAGUAACUUUUUGAAAGCCUUCAAGACAGGCACCCUCCGUAACCAUAAUGUCAGUGACAGUAAGAAAAGUCGCCAGUCCAUGCUUGCUGAUUCCAUUAUGGACAGUCCAUGUCUCACAGCUGUCAAACCUGUAGCUGUUGAGACCCCAGAAAGCUCUCAGGUGACCACCCCCUCCAAGAAGAAGAAGAAGAAGAAGAAGUCACCCUCAGGCAACAGUAAGAUGUCGGUGGCAGAAAUGAAGAAAAACUUUGAGAAGAAGAUAAAGAAGCAGCAACAACCAAAUGCCCACCGGCUGCCACCAGCAGUCGGUCAGUCCGUCGUUACUACUGUCCCCUACACCCAUGACAGCCGGGCUGAGGCCACCGGGCUCUUCACUCAACUCAUCCAUCCUGUCACUGUAGAGAAAUUCUUCACGCAGAUGUGGGAGAGGAAGCCCCUGGUUGUCAGACGACACAUUUCUGAUUAUAAUAAUGGUUGGUUUUCUACAAAAGAAUUGGAUGCCAUAUUGAGGAAGGAAAACAUUCAGUUUGGCAAGAAUAUUGACGUCACAACAUAUUGCGAUGGUAAAAGAGAGACCCACAAUCCAACAGGUCGAGCUUACGCUGCAGUCGUUUGGGAUUAUUACCAGAAUGGUUGUUCUGUUCGUCUCUUAAAUCCUCAGACAUAUUCUGAAAAUGUCUGGAAGAAGCUGUCAAUAUUACAAGAAUAUUUUGGUUGUUUUGUUGGUGCUAACGUUUAUUUGACCCCUGCAAACUCCCAAGGAUUUGCCCCUCACUAUGAUGACAUUGAGGCCUUUGUUAUACAACUUGAAGGAAAGAAAAACUGGACCUUAUAUCCAUACAGAAAUGACUCAGAAAUGUUGGCAAGAACAUCCAGUGGUAACCUAAAUGCUGCUGACCUUGAUAAACCCUUGAUCAAUGUCCAACUCCAUGCUGGGGAUCUUCUCUAUUUCCCCCGUGGUAUGAUACAUCAGGCCACCACAGUUGAAGACACGCAUUCUCUCCAUAUUACUGUUUCCUGUUGCCAAAAGAACUCCUGGGGAGAUUUCUUGGAGAAGAUGUUACCAACUGCCAUCAAGUUAGCCAUGGAUGAUGAUGUUGAGUUCCGGAAGAGUCUUCCACUGAACUACCUCAACUUCAUGGGAGUCGCUAACUCUGAAAGUCAUUCGAAAGAACGGCAGGAUUUUAUGCAACAUAUUGAUAAGUUGAUGCGGCGCCUGAUCUCUCAUGCUCCUGUCGAUGCAACUUGUGACCAAAUGGGCAAGAAAUUCAUGUAUGAAUCUCUUCCUCCUUACAUCUCUAAUGGUGAGAAGCAGUACACCAUUCAUGAACAAGGGGAGCGCUGGAAUGCCAAAAGCCAGUCCGUGGCCUCUCGGGUGGAACUGGGACCAGAUACAAGAAUCAAACUGCUCCGUGCUGGUAUCAUCAGGCUGGUGAUUGAAGGAGAUGAAGUUCGUAUUUACUACAAUUUAGAAAACACUCGUCUCUACCAGGACGUGGAAUCAAAUUACUUGGAGAUUCCUCAUCGGUAUGCCUUGGCUGUUGAAUUCCUGUUACAAACCUACCCUGAUUUCACCACAGUUGAGAAUAUACCCCUUACACAACUCACAGAACAGAUUGAACUUGUCCAAGUUCUGCUUUGA